AUGAACGCGAGUACUAUCCCUUCAUUUAUUACCCACUACGACCACCUCGCUACCCCGGGCUCUCCCUCCACCUCUCGCUACCCUGUGCUCCCACAGAUUCAGCACUUGCAUUCUCCUCUUAGCAAAGUCCUCGCUCGUCCAGGCGAGGAGCCCGCCAAGCUGUCCAUGGCGCACGCUAUGGCGGCCGACCGCUUCGACUCCGGCACGUCGAGCGACGACGAUGGGAAUGUGGGCCGCAGCAACGCCUAUGCAUACGACGGCACUACAGUCUCACCUUUUCGUAACUCGGACGAAGGAGAAGCGGUCAGUGGCAUCGCGGCCAUGAGUCUCAGCUUCAUCAUCAAUGGCGAGAUGAAGCAGGUGGACGAUGACGAUAGCAGCAGCAGUGCCUGUGGCAGCUUGCGUGGCGGGUUCGAUCUCUCGUCCAUGCUCAACACGGUGUGCGCCAAGCCCGACUGCUACCGCACCAUUCGCGGACCGAGCGGCACGUUCUGCAAGUAUCACAAGCAGGGUCGGUUCUGUCACGCCGAGGGCUGCGCGAAGAGCGCCAAGACCGGCGGCUUUUGCAUCUCGCAUGGAGGUGGUAAGCGCUGCGCACACCCGGAUUGCAACAAAAGCGCGAAACAAGGUGGAUUCUGCAUUUCACACGGUGGAGGCAAGCGAUGCCGCGAAGCAGCUUGCACCAAGUCGGCACUUGUGGGCGGUUUUUGCUCGGCUCACGGUGGCGGACGCAAGUGCAAAAUGCCAGAGUGUACCAAGACAGCGCUUCUGGGGGGACUGUGCAUUGCGCACGGUGGUGGCAAGCGCUGUCAGGUCGAACGUUGUUCCAAGAGUGCUGUGGGAGGCACUCUGUGCGUCUCACACGGUGGUGGCAAACGCUGCCAAGCUGAGGGUUGCAACAAGGGUGCCGUGCGGAACGGAGUCUGCAUUCGCCAUGGUGCCAAGCGUGACCAUACUUCAGUGUCGCCCUAG